GACGAAUUUAUCAGACGUACCGAAGCGCUUCCUGCGCUCAGUGGAAAUAACACCUGAAAAACUAAACCGUGCCGCAAAUUAACCUCCCAGAACACAAGGAAUGAUGUCGCUGCGAGCUUGUGGGUUUAUAGUUUUCCGUCGCCUUGUCGGCUGCAACCCCCCACCAGGCAACAUCGAGUAUCUCCUCUUGCAGACGUCCUAUGGGGAGCACCACUGGACCCCACCCAAAGGUCACGUUGAUCCGGGUGAAGACGACCUGACCACAGCUUUAAGAGAGACCAAGGAAGAGGCAGGGUUGGGGCCGGAGCAGCUGCAGAUUAUAGACGGCUUUGUGCAGGAGCUGCGCUACGAGGUCCGCGGCAGACCCAAAGAGGUGCUGUACUGGCUGGCCGAGUUAAAAAACCCAGAGACGGCUGUGACUCUGUCCAACGAGCACCAGGACUACCGCUGGGCUCAGCUGGAGGAGGCCUGUAAGCUUACCGGCUACAAAGAUCUGCAGGAGACGCUAAGAGCAGCUCACAGACACUUGGAAGCUCAGCAGCACUGAAACCAGUAGCCUUUAUAAUUGCUGUUCUUUACAGAUAUGUUUUAAGUCAUCCCCAUUCUGGCUUUUUUGGGUAUGAUUGGCCUGUAAAUGUUGCACUACAUCAUCUCAAUCAGGUUCAAUCCUACAAUGUAACUAGGCCACCCUUUGUUAAACCACCUGGCUCUGAAUUUGCAUAUGUGCUUCAGAUCACUGUCGCAAUGCUUCAGAUGUUCGUCUUAGAGUCAUUUUCUUCUGUGAAGGUCCACCACUGUCUGUGAAUUCUCCAUGUGUGGUCGUUCCUCUCACUGUUUGGUUCAAUUAAGUCCUCAAGCUCCAUUUAUAACUCUCUUCAUUUUGACUUUUGUUAAUAACUGCGCUACCUACAUGAUGUUUUUUUUUUUUUAGAUAGUCUGGUUAGUUUAAAUAACUUUUUUCCCUUCUAAUAUAUUAAAUCAUUUGAUUUUUUUUUUCUCUUAUUUUAAUCUUUUUAUGAUUUAAAAUAUUAAACUGUGACAAAAGGAAAUCUGUAAUGGGAAAACAAUACAAAUCUGGGUAACUUUGGAAGCGUGUUAUAUGUGUUGCUAUAUAUAAAGGCAUUGUCAAUGGUUUUAGCAAUUUAACAGUAAUGACAUAAAUCAUUUUUAAUGAAUAAAUUAAACACACAGAUUAUAAAAAGAGAAAAAAAACCUUUAUCUAAAUUUUUGUGAAUUAACUUUGAGGUCCCUCGGCUGUUAUAAAGGGACAAGGGAAAAGGUUGGUUGUAUAAUCUUGAUUCUACCACAAGGGGGAGACAAACACAAAGGUGAAAAAAUGCCUCAAUGCUAAAUAUCUUGACUUUGUUGACAACUGGACACAAAAUUGUUGCUGUUCAGGAAGUUAAGAUGAUGAUUUUUUAUAACUGUUCAUAACUUGUAAGCAAAGUGCCUAUUCUGCAUGAGGAAGUCGCACUUUUUGGGGGUUUUUAAGCUGUCUGACAUCAGAAAGGCUUUUUUUGUUUCAAAGAAAGGAGUGCGUCAGAAUUUCAUGUAAAAUU